GGGAGCGGGGUCAAAAGGGAGCCAAAGGAUUUGCUGGAUAUAAGGGAGAACAUGGAGACGAUGGGAUUGAUGGAUUCUAUGGGGAAGAGGGCUUUCAUGGACUUCCUGGGAAAAAGGGAGAAAAGGGUGAUCCAGGGUCCCAGGGCAGCCCAGGUUCCAGGGGCCCUCCUGGGGGAUAUGGGGAGAAGGGCUUCCCAGGGGAUCCUGGUAAUCCAGGACAAAGCAGUAACAUCAAAGGACAAAAGGGCUCCAAAGGAAAACAAGGAAGACAAGGUAGAACCGGCCCGAAAGGGACACAAGGCAGUCCUAGUUCCAGAGGGAGCAGUGAAAGAGAAGGCCAGAGGGGGGUCCAGGGUGCCUCGGGGGAACCAGGGAACCCUGGACUUAAAGGUGCAUCAGGAGCCAAAGGAUUACAAGGCUCACAGGGGUCAAAUGGACUUCGUGGCAGGAAAGGAGAGAAGGGAAACGAGGGGCACAAAGGACCUCAGGGUGCUCCUGGGCCAGUGGGAGAUAAAGGGAGUGUUGGAAGGCCUGGACUUUUGGGGAAAAAGGGAGAACCUGGAAUUCCUGGAGAUCCAGGGCCACUGGGGCAAGCUGGACGGCAAGGAAAGCAAGGUGAUUAUGGCAUUCCGGGCUAUGGUCCUAUGGGACGAAAAGGAGCAAAGGGCCACAGAGGAUUCCUUGGAGAUAUGGGUCAAAAGGGUGUUGUUGGUGACCCUGGAAUUCCUGGGGGGCCUGGACCCAAAGGAUUUAGGGGACUAACACUCACUGUAGGUUUGAAAGGUGAGGAAGGCUCUCAAGGACCUCAAGGCCCUCCUGGACGGAGAGGCCCUAAAGGCAUGGCAGGGCAGCGGGUAUAUUCUCAAUGUGAUCUAAUCCAGUUCAUGCAGGACCAUAGUCCUUGUUGGAAAGAAAAGUGUCCAGUGUAUCCAACAGAGCUAGUAUUUGCCCUGGACCAGUCCUACGAUAUCACAGAGCAGAGAUUUAAUGAAACGAGGGACAUCAUCAUUUCUAUUGUCAAUGACCUUCACAUCAGGGAAAAUAAUUGCCCUGUGGGAGCAAGAGUUGUCGUGGUUUCCUUCGACUUAGACACCAACUACCUCAUCCGUGGGUCUGACUACCAUAGUAAGAAGCAACUCCUUCAGCUUCUUUCCCAAAUUAAAUAUCAAAACUCCGGAGAAGUCCGAGACAUUGGUAACUCGAUGAAGUUUGUGGCUCGGAACAUCUUCAAGCGGAUGUUAGCAGGAGCCAAUGUGCAGAGAGUCGCUGUGUUUUUUAGCAAUGGACAAUCUGCCAGUAGGUCAUCCAUCAUCACAGCCACCAUGGAGUUUAGUGCCUUGGAUAUCAGCCCUGCAGUCUUUGCUUUCAAUGAAAGAGUUUCCCUUGAGGAGGCUUUUGAGUUUGACAACACGGGAACAUUUCAGGUGCUUCCUGUUCCUCCAAAUGGGGAAUAUGAACCAUUAGAAAGACUUCGGCACUGUACUCUUUGCUAUGAUAAAUGUUUUCCAAAUACUUGCAAGAAAGAGAUUUUCUUACCUGAAAAUUCAUACAUGGAUGUCGCCUUCCUCUUAGACAAUUCUAGGAACAUAACAAGUGAUGAGUUUAAGGAUGUCAAAGCCUUGGUGAGCUCAAUGCUUGACAACUUUGAUAUUGCCUCAGACCCUGUAACCUCAGACUCUGGUGAUAGGAUUGCCUUGUUGAGCUACUCUCCUUGGGAUAGGAGGAAGAAGGAUGCGGUAAAAACAGAGUUUGAGUUUACAACUUAUGACAAUCAAGCUCUAAUGAAGAGGCACAUUCAGACUUACCUCCAACAGCUAAAUGGAGAAUCCACCAUUGGCCGUGCCCUACUGUGGACUGUGGAGUAUCUCUUCCCAGGAACACCCAAACUGAGAAAACAUAGAGUCAUCUUUGUAGUCUCUGCUGGAGGAAAUCAUGAGAGAAAGGAAUUCUUAAAGAAGAUGGCCCUGAAGGCCAAGUGUCAAGGCUAUGUCAUAUUUGUGAUUUCUCUGGGCUCUACACAUAAGGAGGACAUGGAAGAGCUAGCCAGCCACCCACUUGAUCACCAUCUGAUACAGCUUGGGAGAAUUCAUAAACCAGACCUGGAUUACGUUGUAAAGUUUUUAAAGCCAUUUGUGUACUCAGUUAGACGAGGAUUCAAUCAGUACCCACCACUGAUGCUUGAGAACAUCUGCAGACUCAUCAAUUCAAAGGAAGAGGAUAAUCAAAGUAUCAAUCUCCUAUUUACCCCUGAGCCACAAGAGAUGUCUUCAGGAGAGAACAGCUUCAUUGGUCAGGAAUUGAGUGUGGGCAGAGAUUCAUCUUUUGUGUUGGAAGACAGCGGAAGUGACCAUCUGGCUUACAUUCCAAGCCAAAUGUUUAUGUCACAGAAAUUAACAACUAAAUAUGAAAAAGAUCAGGAUUCUGAAGAAAUUGCAAGUCUCACUGCUGGACAGGAAAGCCAUGGCAGAAAAGAAGAACCAGGUCUUACUUAUGAACUCAGAGAUGCCUCUCUUCAAGAAUAUUACAUGGAUGUGGCUUUUCUCAUAGAUGCUUCCCAAAGAAUAGGAAAUGAUGAGUUUAAGGAAGUGAAGGCUUUUAUAACCUCAGUGCUUGAUUACUUUCACUUGGCCCCAGAUCCACUGAUCUCCACCUUGGGAGACAGAGUGGCAGUCCUGACCUACUCUCCUCCAGGCUAUAUGCCCAACACAGAAGAAAGCCCCAUCUACCUAGAAUUUGAUUUGGUUACUUAUAACAAUAUACACCAAAUGAAACGUCAUCUCCAAGACUCCCUUCAACAGCUCAAUGGAGAUGUUUUUAUUGGCCAUGCCCUACAGUGGACAAUUGACAAUGUCUUUGUAGGAACCCCCAACCUGAGGAAAAACAGAGUUAUCUUUGUUAUAUCUGCUGGUGAAACCAACCCUUUAGACAGGGGAGUCUUAAGAAAUGUAUCUCUGAGAGCCAAGUGUCAGGGCUAUUCCAUAUUUGUGUUUUCCUUCGGUCCUCUACACAAUGACAAGGAAUUAGAAGAUUUAGCCAGCCACCCACUGGAUCAUCACUUAGUCCAGCUUGGCCGAACCCACAAGCCAGAUUUGAACUAUAUCGUCAAAUUUGUCAAGCCAUUUGUUCAUUCAAUCAGACGUGCCAUCAACAAAUAUCCCCCUGCAGAUAUGAGACCCAAAUGUGUUAACAUCACCUCUCCCAACCCAGAGAAUGGUGGCACAGAAAACAUUGUAUUAUGGUGAGGACACAAGAUAAUCAUAGGAGAAAAGAACAUAGGUCCAUUGGCAUGAGUAAUUCUAUGUGGUUCUAACCAGGAAGCAUAAAUCAUCUAUUAGAGGUGGAAUGUUAAGUGGCAGGAAUUUUUCAUGAAAACAGUUGUCUAAUAACAUGAUAAAUUUGAUCUGUUUCAAAUCUGAGGGAAAAACUUCUGAGUGAAGACAUCAAUGAGCAAACCAAGAAACUAGGAAUGAUUUCAUUUCUCCUGAGAAUUGGGACAACUGACCUUGAAGAAUUAACUGAAUCCUUUCUUUGACAACUCUGCA